UGGAUUUAACCGCUUUUUCGAAAGCUUAGAAGUUGUCGUUGUGAGGAACCAAUCGCUCUAUAACAGUUUGACCUUCAAGUGCUCAGUAACCUAAAUCAAUGGACUAUUUAGCUUGUGAACUGUUGUAGUUGUUUUGCUUUUCAUUUAUCUUCUAUCCUUCAUUGGCUAACAAGCAGAAGACUUGUUGCUGAAUCCACGCAAAUUUUUUUGCUAUAACGGUCUAAGAACCAUUGGAACCCUAUGAAUCUCACAAAAGAAGCUAAUUUUGGAUCAAUUCGUGGAAGAGGUCUUGUCGCUACUCAGCUUAUAAAUCCUGAAGAUAUUCUUUUUUCCGAAGAUCCUUUAAUAUGUUGUCAAUUUUCAUGGAACAAACUUUAUGGAUAUAAAGCUUGUGAUCAUUGUAUGUGUCCGCUGGAAACAUCCGAGGAGAAUGCUAGAAGACUUACUAAUAAUCCAACAAUUAUAUUACCUUAUCCAGAAGUAUCAUUUUGUUGUAAAGAAAUUAUUCAUUGUCCUAAUUGUUCAGUUAAUUAUUGUUCACAUGCUUGUCUUGAAUCCGCUUCACUUACAUAUCAUUCAGCAAUGUGUGUUGGAUUCAUUGAAGAAGAAGGCAGUGAAAAUCCAUUAGAAAAAUUAGAUGCAAUUUGGCGACAAUCACAUUAUCCUCCAGAAACUGGUACUAUUUUUUUACUUGUUCGUAUUGCUGCUGCAUGUUUAUCAGCAUAUUUUAUGGGUUCAUCGACAUCACAACAUUUAAUUGAAUCAUUGAAACAAUUUGUUUCUGAUACAACAACAAGUACAAUGACUAAUGAAGAUGGCGCCAAUAAUAGUGUCCUUUAUCAUCGUAUACUCAAUGAUCAAUUUGUUGUACAUAUUGAACAAAUUCAUAAUGCAUUUAUUGAAGUACUUGUAUUUUUAUGUCAAAAAUUUAUUCAGACUGCGUCAAAUGAUGAAUGUAUUCAAACACUGCAUAAAGUUGGAUUGAAUAAUUUAUUAGUGAAAGAUCAUUUUCUAAAUGCUUUAUGUUUAAUUAGUCGUAAUGGUCAAGGUAUUGCAACUAGUGCAUUCAGUGUUUGGGUUAAUCAAGCUGAGAAGUUAGUUAGUACAAUGAAUGAACAGUUGUCUACGGAAUUUAAUCUUUUUAUUAAUCAGCUAUAUACAGCAAUUGAUAAUCAUGUUGGUUCUUUCUUAGAUAAUGAAGGAGUCGGUUUGUACUACUAUCAAAGUCGAAUAAAUCAUAGUUGUUCACCGAAUGCAAUUAUACGUUUCAAUGGUAUCAAUAGUCGAUUAUCUGUAGUGGCAUUGACAUCAAUACAAGAAGGUGAAGAAAUCACUAUCUCUUAUUUAGAUCAUUGUUUACAAUCACGUAGUCGUCAUACUCGACGUAAAUAUUUAUCAUCAAAUUAUUUAUUUUGGUGUGAUUGUUCAAAAUGUGAAAUGGAAAAGACCAAUGGUGCAUUAAGUGUCACAUCCUCUGAAGAUGAUGACGACAAUGACGAAGAUGGAGUUGAUGAUGAUGAUGAUGGUGGUGACUGUGAUAUUGAACAGAAUUAAAUGUUGAAUAAUUUCAUGAAAUUCUUCAACAUUUAACCCUCACUCCACUGCACUUCCUUCAAUGCACAUGAAAAAAUAAAUCAAUACUCUCUCAACAAUGGAAUAAAUUUGUAAAAAAAAUAAACCCAUUUUGUAUAAAAAUACGUAAUAAAAUAUAUAAAUUUUCAGAUUGUC